AUGGCCCUGUCCCCCCCCAGACCCCCACGUUGGGACCCCGAGGAGCCCAUGGAGGAGCCACGCUGGUCCCCGACCCUGCUGGACCCAGACACGGAGCUGGAGCCGGGUCUGCAGAUCAUCCUGGUGAGCUCCAGUGAGCCGUCGCCGCCCCCCUCCCCAGAAGCCGCCCCCAGCCCCGGUGAGGAGGACAGUCCAGAGGCCGGCCCCCCACUGGCCGCAGACGUGUGUAUCUGCUGCGGGAGUCUGCAGGUGUACACCCAGCACCCCCUCUUCCAGGGGGGGAUGUGCUCACAGUGCAAGGACAGGUACCUGGAGAACCUCUUCCUGUAUGAUGCUGAUGGCUACCAGUCCUUCUGCUCCAUCUGCGGCUCUGGGGAGACCCUGCUGAUCUGCACCCGGUGUUACUGCUUCGAGUGUGUGGACUCACUGGUGAGCCCGGGCACGGCGGCCCGCGUGCAGGCCAUGAGCCGCUGGGCCUGCUUCCUCUGCCUGCCCUUCCCCCUCAGCGGCCGGCUCAGGCGCAGAGACAGGUGGCGGCAGAGGCUCAAGGACUUCUACGACCGCGAGUCGGAUCACCCGCUGGAGAUGUACAAGACGGUGUCCGUGUGGAAGAGGGAGCCCGUCCGGGUGCUGUCCCUUUUUGGGGACAUCAGGAAAGAGUUGAAGAGCCUGGGCUUCCUGGGUGGGGCCGGGCUGGGCCAGCUGAAGCACCUGGAUGAUGUCACGGACGUUGUGAGGAAGGACGUGGACGCCUGGGGCCCCUUCGACCUGGUGUUUGGCUCCACGCCCCCCCUCGGCCAGGCCUGUGACCACCCCCCGGGCUGGUACCUGUUCCAGUUCCACCGGCUCCUGCAAUACGCCAGACCCCCGCCCGGCGGCCGGCCCUUCUUUUGGAUGUUUGUGGACAACCUGGCGCUGACCGAGGACACCCAGGCCAUAGCCACCCGCUUCCUGGAGAUCAAGCCGGCGACCCUCCAGGAAGUGCGAGGCAGAGCCCCCCUGAGCGCUGCACGAGUCUGGAGCAACGUGCCGGCCGUGAGAAGCCGUCACCUGGCCCUGGGCGCCGAGGAGGAGGGGUGUCUGCAGGCUCAGGCCAGGCUGCGCCCCAGGCCCCCACGGCCCCCCACUCUGCUCCGCACCUGCUUCCUGCCGCUGAGAGAGUACUUCAAGGCUUCCCCGGAGCCGGGCGCCCCCUGAGGUCCCCGCACCCAAGGCCGGCUCCCCGCUGCUGCCGCUGGUCGGGCUUCUGGAGCCGGGGCGUCGUGGGGCUGGGGUCACCCUGUGUCUGUGAAGCUCAAAUCCAUCCUUCUCGGAGCACCCCUGUCGCUGGUUUUCUGCUUAUUCACUCGGUAUA